UCGUUCUCAGUCACCCUAUCGUAACUGAGUCGGGCGUUUGUUGUCUUCUCGGCGAUACAUUUGUAUGUCAUUCAGUCUUUUUUUAUAAAUUGUUCAAUAAUUUUUACAAAUACUUUCUAAAAAAAAAAAAACGUCAAGAGAAUUGUUUUCUAAAAUAAUUAUUCGCGCAGUUUGGGAAUUUUUAUCACCGUGUAUCUUCGUCAGAAAAAAUUGAUAACAUGGGUCAUGAUCCAGAAAACAUAAUCUCACUUACUAAUUAUCCAUGUAUUACAUGAAUUUCUAUUUAAUCAAUUACUUUUAGUGAAAUUGUUUAAAAUAACUUGUGAAAGUAUUAAGAAGUGUUUUGCUUUUCAAAAUUUUCAAGACACAAAAGAUUCUUUAUACACACAAUCAACAGAUUGCAGCAUAAAUUUACGAUUAUGUGCACUUUUCAAUAAGUGAACUCAUUAUUCUUCUAAUAUGAGUGCAAAUAUCUUACAUACCUAUUAACUAGUUCAUUAGAUAAACAUUUCAUCGAGACGUCUUUGGUCAUUUCAAAUGCAACCACGGUGUAGACAAAGUGUAAAUGAAACUGCGCUGUGUUCGCCGACGAAUUUAACGUUAUCGUGGAGUAAUAUUUGUUACAAAGUUAAGGUAAAAAAAAAUGACAGUUACGUGAUGGAUUUUUUCAAAGGUCGGCAAAUGGAGUACAUCAGUAUAUUGAAUGGAGUUAGUGGUGUUGUCAAAUCUGGCACUCUGAUGGCAAUUCUAGGAUCUAGUGGAGCGGGUAAAACUUCUUUGUUAGCAACGAUAAGCAAGAGAAUAAAAAAAAGAACGACAGGGGACAUUUUAUUGAAUGGAAAAUUGUUUACUCGUGGAUUAAUGGCGAAAAUCAGUGGUUUUGUACCUCAGGAAGAUCUGGCUGUUAAAUCACUUACUGUACAAGAACAUAUGGAAUUUAUGGCUAAAAUGAAAAUAGACAGACGUUACCGUCGAGUAGCUCGGAGUCAAAAAAUCGACGUGCUGCUUCUAGAUCUAGGAUUAAUCGAACUCAAAAACUCAAAAUUGUCAACUCUGUCAAACGGCGAGUGGAAAAGAGUAUCUCUAGCUGUUCAACUCUUGACAGAACCAAAAAUUUUAUUCUGUGACGAACCAACUACUGGAUUAGACAGUUAUUCAGCAACAGUGGUCAUAGAUGCGCUAAAAAACAUUGCAGUUAAAGGCAGAAUUGUUAUUUGUUCCCUUCAUCAGCCUGCUUCUGGCUUACUGGAUCAUUUUCACAAAAUUUACCUCCUUGCUGCGGGUAAUUUAGCUUUUCAAGGAAGUCUUUCUGAAGCUACUGCAUUUUUCUCAAGUUUAGGUUACAAUUGUCCAUCAAUUUAUAGUCACGCUGAGUUUUUUGUGUCACUAUUAUCUAUUAUUAGAGGAAAUGAAGAUGAAUGUUUCAAAAAAAUAAUUAGAAUAUGUGCGGAGUUCAAAAAAUCUGCAUACGGAAAAAAAAUGACCACUUCUAUUGAAGAAUCUUAUGCUGGAACUUCAGUAGAUAUUGAUGAUGGAGAUGGUAAAGACAUUCCGCAUCCGAUAUUUGCUGCUAAUUACUUACCACUGAAUGACUUCAAAAAGAUUCCUAGUUUCCAACAAUUGAGGUGGUUAAUAUGGCGCAAUUACAUUGACUACAAAAGAAAUUCAUCGGCAAUUUUUCUAAAAUUUUUGAUCUACAUAAUUGGGGGAUUGAUUCUUGCGACUCCUUAUAUACAUGUUACGAGGAAUAUCGACCAGCGCAGUAUACAAAACGUUCAGGGUUUGAUGUAUUAUAUUGUGACUGAGACAAUAUUUACCUUUCAUUACGCUGUGUUCUACACGUUUCCUAAAGAAAUGCCACUUUUGUUACGCGAUAUGGCUAAUGGACUCUAUUAUCCUCUGCCUUAUUAUGUCAGCAAAGUUGCCGUAAUGAUACCAGGAUCCAUUAUCCAACCGUUCAUUUAUUCAGCAUUGAUCUAUUGUAUCACAGGAUUAAGAGGUGGAUUAAUAAGUUUUUUAUAUUUCGUUUUACCAGUUGUACUUGGAGCCAUAUCUGCCGGCGCCCUUGGAUGCUUGAUGUCCGCAUUGUUCGACUCUUUUGAAACUGCAUCACUGUUAUCAGUUUCUCUCGACUUUCUGACACUCAUUUUCAGCGGAGUUUAUCUCAAUCUCGGAAAUCUACCAGCGCGUAUAUCAUGGUUAAAAUAUAUUUCACAAUUCUACUACAGUACAGAAGCUGUUUCAGUGACUCAAUGGCGCGAAUAUAAUUAUAUAAAUUGUUCGACAAACAUUGAUACACCGUGUAUAGCAACUGGUGAACAAGUUAUGGAAAAUUUUGGAUUUGCACCUGACAAUUAUUACAUCGACUUAAUGGGUCUACUCGCUAUUUUCACUUUCAGUCAUUUCGCAGGUUUUAUGGCUAUUUUCUAUAGAAGUUUCAACGAGCCCGUUUAUUGAAUCAUUUUUUUUAUUUUCUAAGAAAAUUUUGAGUAAUAAAUACACGGAAGAAAUAGAUACGAA